AUGUCGCGAGAUCCCCGAGGAGUUGGUGGAACUCGAUCUCACCGCCAACCGGCUAUCCGUUCCUCGACCCCAGAAUCGGCCGGCUCCUCGCGGUUGAGGAAGCUGUCCUUGCGGCAGAACCUCUUCGAUGAUCAGGGUGUUGAUCCUAUUUCUCAGUGGGAUUCAAUCCCUAGCAAGCUUGCAGUGCUCUGGCGCUUGAACUCGUAUCUUCUAUAUUUUCAAGGGCCUUCUGAUAUUACGUCUCGUUUACUUGAGGUUUCUUCCUUAAAUGGUUUGUCCAAGGCCUCAAAUAUACUUAUGAGCUUUUGUGGCGUUUCCAAGAAUGAAGUGACCAGAAUGGAGGAGGUUGAACAUUUGCAUGCAUUGCAAAUUCUUGAAUUAGGUUCAAACAGAUUAAGGGAGUGUAAGCCAAAAUUAGAAGAACUUUAUCUGAGCCAGUACAAUGGAACUGCUGUCGACGGAAGGUUGUCGACGACUAAUAAAUCUUCGCUGCUGGAUGUUUCUAUGAACAAACUUACUUCAAUCAAUGAUAUUGGAAAACUUGACAAUGUUGGAGGAAUUUUAUGGCUUAAUGAUAACCAGAUAGCAUCAUUGAAGGUGUUGAUUAGCCGUAGCCUGGUUAAGGGAGAAGCUAACAACCAUAUAUCUCGAAAGCAACCCAUAUGGGAGCUUAUAUUUGUUAUACUUGUGACUGCUGAGAUCAAGAUCAACUUUAUAUCUGUGAUAAUGAGAUCUGUAAUGGUGUUUGGGUAUUUAAAG